AUGUAUCAAAUCAAAUUCCUAAAGCCAGUAACAGUGAACUCAAUUUCAAAUAGUCAAGCUGAUUUAAGAAAAAAAUCUCCAAAAUUGAGUGAUUCUGUUUAUGAAAUUUCAUCAACUUUUACUAUAUCAAAUGAUUUAGGUGAACAAUUUUUCUACGGGAAAGUCCCAAUAACUUGUGAAUUAAGACAAUAUAACACAUCAUCACCAACUAGUGAAUACCAACCAGUGGCAAGAAGUCAGGCUGAUUGGAUCUCUGGAAAAAGAGCUGUUGAUGUUAAGCUACAAAUACCCAGCAGAUAUUUGCACAAGGGUAAAUUUUUAGCAUUACAUAUAUUUGUUGAGGAAGAUGUGAAAGUUAUUGAUGAUUUAAACACAGAGGGAAUAACCCAUGAAGAACUAAGGAAUGAUUGGCUACCAAAUUAUAAGGAACUCACUGUUGGUAAUUGUCAAGACUCUUUAGAUUUAUCAAGCUCAAAAUUGAACUUAUUCCCAUCAACUUCAAGUCUUAUAGAAGUCCCAACCCCACAAACCUCUUUCCCUUCAAGAUCUGAUAAACAAGGAUUACGAACUAUAAAAGAAGUGAUACUAUAUGAAGAAUUGUCUGGUGAGAUUGCACGUCAUUUAUGGGACGCUGGUAUUAUAAUGAAUUCAUUAUCCAAAUCACAUAUACUAAAAUUUUUCUUUGAUACAGAAGAUGAAAGAAUUUUAGAAAAACCAUUACAAAUAUUGGAACUAGGUACUGGUAUUGGUUUGGUAUCAAUACAUUUGAGUAAAAUAUUCCCUAAUGCAAAUAUUUUAGCAACUGAUUUAGAUGACGCUGAAGAGAUUUGUUCAUUGAAUAUAAAUUUAAAUUCGGCUCAAGAUCGUGUUAAGUUCAGUGAAUUAGACUGGGAAACUUCCACUGAAACACCACUACAGAACUGGGAUAUUAUAAUUACAACAGACUGUACAUAUAAUCCAUUAUACUAUGAUGUACUGAUUAAUGUCUUAAAGAGAGAAUCAUCAUCAAAUACUAAGAUAAUAUUAGCUCAUAAAUUUCGUGAGCCAUUGAGUGAAUCUGAAAUCUUCCCUAAACUUCAAAAACACUUCCAUUUGAGCAAACAAAUAUGGUACAAUUCACAGGGACAAUCACUAACACAUAUAGGACUUUAUACACCCAAAUAA